AAAUUUCUGGUGAGAGAUCUUAGACGUAUCUCUUGACGAGCCGCUGACAAUCAGCGCGAAUCGAUUGACGUAUCGCUGAUAUCGCGAAGCAGCAAGCGCGAAAAUGUUUCUACCUAUCUGCCUCUAUCUUUUUUUCUCUCUCUUUCUCUCUCCUUUCCACGCGGAGAACGAUAUCUGUUUGUUUCGUGUUAUCAUCUGAGCGCGUUCUUGCGCGAUUCGCGCCUCGGUACCAACGUCCCGCGAUGUCGGAAAUUUCGUCUGUCACGCAGGUCCUGUCGUCUUUCGCUGCUUGUCGUUGCUCGUCCGUGCUCCGCCGUUCGACGAGUUCCCCGCGAUUUCUCGCACUGGCCAGGACGAAUCGCGCGAUUUAACUCCCACGGGGUCGCGUCGUGCGGACGCGAAUAUUAAGCGGCUGCUCGUUCGCCCAAGGACGAGAAGAUAUACCGUGUCGUGACCGUAUCGGUCUUUUUAUUUUGACACGCAAUAAACACACCACCGUAUACAAUUUCGCAAACGCGGACGCAGCCAUUGCUUAUUGGUUUAGACAUACGCACGACUUGCGGCGGAAUGGUCAUGCGAAAAAAUACAUAUCUGAUUCCAGAUCCGAGUACGUGGAGCAUUUAAAGUCAAGGUAGUCAAGCAAUUCCGCAUUAUCUUGUACCAUCCCAGUCAUAGCAAUUUCACUAAUCAUGAGUUGCGUGCGUUGUUGCUUGAUUAGUGCGAGCCGCUUGGCAUCUUCUAAUCAUGUCGUCAAUAAUCAUGUACAUAAAAUUGUAAGAAUUGUGGCUACUAGAACCCUGACAAUUAGUGGCAGCUUAGCAAAAUCUCCAACCGAACCUACACCACCUUCCAAGGACACACAUACUACAUCUGGUGGAUCUUCUAGUGGCACUGGUGGUGGGAAAAAAAGUACACUCACAUGUCCCAAAUGUGGAGAUCCUUGUACACAUGUAGAAACAUUCGUAUCUUCUACAAGAUUUGUCAAGUGUGAGAAAUGCCAUCAUUUCUUCGUUGUGCUCUCAGACACCGAUUCAAAGAGAAGUUUGAAGGAACCACUAAGGUCAGAAGAUGGUAAACAAGGAGGAUACAGGAAACCACCUCCUCCUCCAAAAAAGAUAUUCGAAUAUUUGAACAAACAUGUUGUGGGUCAGGAAUAUGCUAAAAAAGUGUUAAGUGUUGCUGUUUAUAACCAUUAUAAACGAAUUUAUAACAAUUUGCCGAUACAGAACUUGGUACAAACUAGUACUCAUGCAGUUGGCACACAGGAAACCAAUCAUCCAUUUACUCACAGAGGUCUCAAACCACAUUUAUUACACAUUUCGGGCGUCGGGAAUCCAUUGGGAGUCGGAUAUCAACAUGUUAACAUGGGAAAUGAACAUAAGUCAUCGGGCAGUCAAUCUGUUCCUGGGUCGGAUAUUUUAGAUAGCAAGCAACAUCAAUUGAAGUUAGAAAAAAGUAACAUACUGUUGCUUGGUCCUACAGGCAGUGGAAAGACAUUAUUGGCACAGACAAUAGCACAAUGUUUAGAUGUACCAUUUGCCAUCUGUGAUUGUACCACUUUGACGCAAGCAGGCUACGUUGGUGAAGAUAUAGAAAGUGUUAUAGCUAAACUUCUCCAGGAUGCCAAUUAUGUAGUAGAUCGAGCUCAAAUGGGGAUCGUUUUUUUGGAUGAGGUCGACAAAAUAGGAGCUGUUCCUGGAAUUCAUCAGUUGCGAGAUGUCGGUGGAGAAGGAGUACAACAGGGAAUGCUCAAAAUGUUGGAAGGGACGAUUGUAAACGUACCGGAGAGAAAUAGCUCUAGGAAACUUCGCGGGGAAACGUUACAAGUUGAUACGACAAACAUUCUGUUUGUCGCAUCGGGAGCUUACAAUGGUUUAGACAGGCUUAUCUCACGACGUAAAACAGAAAAAUACCUCGGAUUCGGCGCGAAACCCACAGCUGAGAGUCCGGGCAGGCGAGCUGCAACCUUGGCCGAUGUUGCCAAUAUGUCACCCUCUACCGAGAGAGAUAAUAAGGAAAAGGACAUGUUAUUGCAACAAGUAGAAGCUAGAGAUCUCAUUGAUUUUGGCAUGAUACCAGAAUUUGUCGGUAGAUUUCCUGUGCUCGUGCCUUUUCAUACGCUUGAUAGAGACAUGCUAGUAAGAAUUCUUACUGAGCCAAAAAAUGCCAUUGUUCCACAAUUUCAAAUGCUGUUUUCGAUGGACAAGGUGGAGCUAACAUUCGACAUCAAUGCAUUGAACGCUAUUGCCUCUUUGGCAAUGGAGAGGAAAACAGGAGCACGUGGCCUGCGUGCGAUUAUGGAAUCGUUACUUUUGGAUCCUAUGUUCGAAGUACCGGGAAGUGAUGUGAUGUCAGUUCAUAUAACAGAACAAUGUGUAAAAGGUCAUGAAAAACCCCAAUAUGUGAGACGAGGUGAUAGCAAUGAGGAUGAACUACAAGCACAGCAUGUACAUAGUUAACAAAUAACUGAAGAAUAUAAUACUUUGGUAUAAUUAUUUCCUUAACAAUAGAUAGACCAUGUUUGAGAAAGAAAUUAAAUUAGAACAUUUGUAAACUGUUAUU